UCAGCGCCUCAUCUGAGGUUCCAGCUAGCAUCUUCUUCGUUAUAUAAGAUGAAGAUCGCCUCCAAUCUCAAACCCUUGCUGAACCUGGAUGUCCUGCUGAUGGUCAUGUCAUUCUCCGAGGACAUACACACCAUCUCUCGGCUGAUGCGAGCGUCCCGCGAGCUUUACACCCAAGGUCCAAAGUACCUCCUCCGGGACGCUGUGUACCUUGAAAAUGCAUCGCAUAUCCUCUCGUUCGUUGCGUUCAUGCUGGCAGACCAUCCUCAUCGCCUCCCACUCCUCGACUCCCUCUACAUUCACAUUGGGCUCUUCUCUGCGGCCGACGCCGACGUCCUGGAGAAGUUCCUCAUCGCCUGUGGACCCCUCCUUGGGGUCAAACGUCUGGUCAUCAAGCAUGCGGAGGAGUUCUUCAAGUCUAGCCCCGGACUGGCGAGUGCGUUCGGGCUGCUCCGCCACGUCCAACAUCUCGUGGUGUCCGAGGUCGGCCAACACACCAGCGUCUUCCUCAGGGACUUGCAGUCCAGCCUGGUAUCCGCCGAUUUGGAGAUGAUACCCCACAACGACGGUGCUUCGUCUGAUGACAACGACGAGGGUGACGAUGACGAGGGUGACGAGGAGGAGGUGGAUGAAGACGAGAGGCUGCGCAAAGCACUAACAGAGAACCACCGGAAUCCUAUCCUGCUGCUCCACAACUCCCAAGAGACACUCAAAACUCUGGACGCGCGCUCAUGCGGCACCACCCCCGAUUUCACCAGAAGCGACCAGUAUGAGGAGUGCUACCCGACCAUACAGAAGCUCACGCUCACCGCAAACGAGCUCCCGAACACCCUGUACUACGCACGCGCGUUCCCAAACGUGCACACGCUCACGCUCCGGAUCGACCCGUCCCAACUCGAGAUCCUCGGGGACGACCUCGAGGACUUCGACAACUUCCGGGAGUCGAACAUGUUCGACUUCACCGAGUACGAGGGCCCGAAGUGGACCGCGCUCAAGGCCGUGCACGGCGCGCUCACGGACCACUUCCUGCUCGGGCUCUCGUGCCCCGUCGAGCAGCUGCACAUCGACGGCCCCUACAUGAACACGAUGAUGUUCCACGCGGUGCUCGCGACGACACGCCCGAAGUACGUGUACUUCCACGCGUUCGACGUGGAGAUGUUCGAGAACGGCGAGUUCGACGAGCUCAUGAGCGGACCCCUGCUCGGGCCGGUGCGCUGCUUCGACAUCAUGGUCGCCUUCGGGGGAGUGAUUCUGCCUGAACAAGUCGAUGUGCCCGCGUCGUUGGACGCGCUCAUCGAGGGUAUCAGCAACAUCCCGUCUCUGCGCUCCUUCGGGCUGUCGCUUGGGUGCUUCGGCCUCCAGCCGGACGGGGAGCUGCUGAAGGACGUGGCGAACCCGGCGCCGCUAUGUCCCGCGGAGGAGUACAUUCUCGCGCUCGACCUCGAUGCGCUCGCGCGUCGGAUUCGCGCGGCUGUGCCGGGGCUGCAGACUGUCACCGUGUCACUCAUCGGGCACCGCGCGCGGCGGAACGACCUGGCGGUGUCGGGUGACUACGAUGCAUAUGAGGUGAAUGCGGUGGAGACGCUUCCACUGAUGCAUGCGAUGCGGAUCGUCGCGUAUACCUUGACUAAGAACUCGACGUUGGCCCUUUUGGCGUCAUAGAAGUUCGAGCUUUUGAUUAUUUACGCGUCCCGCAUAUCUUCAGCCCACCAGUUUUUGUGUACUGUUACUAUCUACUGCUAACUCGCUUACUAUAAAUACUCACAAUCUUGGGGUUCUUAGCUUAUUUUCUUGCGUUCCGGAAUAACCCAAUAUGAACCAUAGCAGCCCACACCGAUGUCGAUACUGUACACGUACAAAUCAGUUUAUCUCUCCC